AUGCAGUUAGACGCUAAAAAUUCUCAUGUGACAGACUUAUCUCAGCUUUCCUGGGCAAUAGAAUCUUCUGAUCUCAUCCAAGAAAGUCCAGUAUGUAGUUCUAGUUCACUAACCCAAAAUGUUGCUGUUAAUCCUCCUCAAAAGUUGUCUUCUCAGUUAUUUACUGAAGUUGCUCCUGGUAAAAAGCAAUCAACGGGUAAAAAGCAAUCAACUUUUUCACAACUUGAUGAGCUUAAGCUGAACUUGAAUCUAGCACUAGGGGUAGAAUCAUCCAAACCUCAUUGGUUCAAGGGACCUUUCAGUCGUAAGAAGAAGCUUUCUUUAGGUGAAUUUCCUCAUGAUGUUUUAGCACACAAGUCAGAGUCCUUGAAGCUGUCAUCUGGAAGUGAACCUCCUUAUUGGGGGAAAGCUAAAAGUGCAAAAAAGGCACAUGGUAAAGAUGUUUUGUUCCAUUCAAAUGCCUUUCAACCUUUUGAAGGGUCAUACCAUUUUCCUGGAUUAGAACCAGCAAACUCUAACGUGUGGAAGAAUCCUCCUAACCCGCCUCUUUCAAAUCAUUCAGAUAAUUUAGGUUUUUAUUAUCCAUAUGAUCCUCUUGAUGCCCCUCUCCCGCCAAUGUUUGGUAGCACUUGGUUCCACAAUUAUGCCAGUGAUGAGCAGAAUGAAUCCACUGCUGACAUCCCGGUUGUUACAAUAUCUGAUGAAGAUAGGGAUGGAAUCUUGAGGAAAUUCCAACAUUUUAAACAGUUUGACACAGUUGAAGACACUUCAGACCAUUACUAUAAUCGCAAGAGUUAUUCCUUGAAGCAGCAUUCAAAGAAUUGGUCAAAGAGAAUUCAGGAAGAGUGGAGGAUUCUGGAGAAGGAUUUGCCUGAUUCAAUAUUUGUUAGAGUUUAUGAAUCAAGGAUGGAUCUUUUGAGAGCUGUUAUUAUUGGAGCAGAGGGAACUCCUUAUCAUGAUGGUCUCUUCUUUUUUGAUGUUUUCUUUCCCAGUGGCUAUCCUAAUGUGCCCCCGGAAGUCCACUACCACUCUGGUGGUGUUAGGAUCAACCCAAAUUUGUAUAACUGUGGCAAAGUAUGCCUUAGUCUACUUAAUACUUGGUCUGGCAAUAAGAAUGAGAAGUGGCUUCCUGGUGUUUCAACAAUUCUACAGGUUCUUGUUUCUAUACAAGGUUUAAUCUUGAAUACAAAGCCUUACUUUAAUGAGCCUGGAUUUGCUCAUAUGAGUGGUUCUCCCGCUGGCGAAACAAGGUCCCUGCAGUAUAAUGAGGAUACAUUUAUUCUAUCAUUGAAGACAAUGAUGUACGUGAUGAGAAAGCCACCGAAGCAUUUUGAGGACUUCGUUGCAGGGCAUUUCUGCAGCCGAGCUCAUGAUAUCUUGGUGGCGUGUAAGGCGUACAUGGACGGUGCUCAAGUUGGCUGCUUGGUCAAUGGUGGCGUGCAGGAUGUUGACGCUGGUGACAGGAGCUGCUCGAAACAGUUUAAGGAUACUUUAGCUGGAUUUGUGAAUAGGCUUGUCGGAGAGUUUUCCAAGGUUGGAGCGAAGGACUGUGAGAAAUUCUUGCCAGAGCCAGCAACAACCGGGAACAUGCCGGCAGGUUGUAACCCUGAUGCUGCUGUUCCUUGGUGCACAAGGUGCGAAAAACUAUUAGACGCCGUGGAAACCACUCUUGUGGAUGACGAUGACUUCAUAGACUCCAGCAGCCAAACCAUGAAUACGCUUCUCUUCAUUCUCAUCUUCCUUUCCAUUUUCUUCUCUUUCAACUCCCUCUCUUCUGCUUCCACAAACUCUGCGUACAAAGCUCACUGUUCUUCUGUUGUCCCUGAAUCCAUUCCCGUGAAGUUCAAGCCCUCUUCUUUCCCUCUUCCUCAGCUUCACACAGGUUACUUCAAAGGAGGUGAUAAAAUCCUCACCGCUAGCUCUUCUUGGCAACAAAGCACCUUUUCUCUUCAAACUAAGAAAGUAUACGAGACAGAGACUUCUGGGAUCUUCAAAAUUGAAGCUUCUCUGUCGUUCAUGAGCAGUCAUCGUCAUUACUACGGGGAAAGCUCCAGGUUCGGGUCUUACUACAGUCGAGGUAGUGGCAAAGUCGUCUUCAAGCUUGAUGGGUUCUGGUCAGAAUCUUCUGGAAGGCUUUGUAUGAUUGGGGAAGGUAAAGGGUAUUCCCAAGAUGGUGACUUUCUUCAUCUUAAUGCUGUUUUAUUCAAACUGAGCAAUCUGUUCAGCUCGAGUGACGUGACCAGUCUCAUCCAUGGAAGAUUGGUGAGCUUGAGUUCUGCAGAUGAUCAAGAACAUUUCUUCGAACCCAUUUAUGCUCUGAUGCUUCCCAAGAAGAAUUACAAGUAUAGCUUGGAUUCUAAAGAAGUUGAGCAUGAUUUUGCUUCUGAUUGGACUGAUGCUGAAGACGGUUUACCACUAGAUUCCUCAUCUUUUUGCUCACGUCAAGUCUCCAGGGCAAUUAGAUGGCUUUAUCUGGAGCACCCUUUAGAUUGCCAUCUUAAUCCUGCCAAAAACUGUAAUACCAUUGGUGGGGUUAAUGGAUCAUCCCGUGGAUAUAUGGUUUCUUUGGAUGAGAUUGAAUGUUCUUCUCAUGUUGACAAGCCCAGGUUUCGAGUUCUGGUGCGAUUUCCUUAUGAUGACUAUUAUUAUGGUUACGAACCUGUCAACGUCACUCGACAAACACCAAUGUUUGUUGGAGAAGGAUGGUGGGAUGAGACGAAGAAUCAAAUACGUGUUGUUGCUUGCAACGUCAUGGGAGUGACGGAUUCUCCAUCAUCAUUGUCUGGGGCUCAUGUUGGUGAUUGCUCAAUCAGAUUAAGGCUCAAAUUCCCCCCUGUUUUGUCAAUCAAAAACACCAGCAGAAUUGUGGGGCAAAUCUGGAGUAAAAAAUCAGAGAAAGAUGUGGUGAACUUCAACGACGGUUUUGGUGGUUCUAACGUGGCCUUUCAAGGCUUGAAGUAUGAGUAUACCCAGUUAAAAAGAGUCAAGAAAUCUUGUCCAAAAAGACACAAUCACGUCAAGGACCAAACAAACAGGUACCCAGAUGCUUAUUCUUAUCACAUGAGAACUGAUUUAUCUAUUAAAGAAUCCAAGAAGGGAAUUGGAUGGGGUUAUUCAUCUCCACUAGCUGUUGGUGAUGAGAUAUACAGGGAUCCAUUCUCAAGUUUUGAUUCUGACACAACCACCUCGAUUUCGGAUCAUUUUGAAAACAUUGACAAUACUACCUUGUUUAAUGUUAGCUUCACCAUGACCUUGCACACUAAUUCAAUGUUAGAUGACAAUAAUUCUCUGUUCAACAAGUCCUCUAAGUCAGCGAAGAUUUCUGCUGAGGGAACCUAUGAUGCUGAGAAAGGAAGCUUGUGUAUGGUCGGCUGCAGAAAUCUGGUCUCAAGCUAUAGUGGAACUCCAAAAGCUGAAGAUUCUCUAGAUUGUGAGAUUCUAAUUAAGUUUGAAUUCCCACCAUUUGAUGCUACAAGUAGAAGAAGUCACACCAAGGGAAGCAUUGAAAGCACAAGGAAAAGUUCAGAUCCUCUUUACUUCAAAGUCUUGAACCUAACUGCAUAUGCUUCUUAUACACAAGGGGCAGACACUGCUUGGAGAAUGGACAUGGAGAUUAUAAUGGUUCUCGUAUCUACCAUUCUUGCAUGUGCUUUUUUGGUGUCACAACUCAUUUAUGUGAAAAGGCAUCCCAAUGUGCUUCCCUUAAUAUCACUUACGAUGGUCUCAGUUCUCACAUUGGGCCAUAUGGUACCUCUUGUCCUGAACUUUGAAGCUGUCUUCUCUCAAGACCCAAACAAUAAAAACUUUGUGUUUGGAAAUGUUGGAUGGCUUCACCUUGAGGUGAAUGAAACAACUGUGAGGCUGUUAACUAUGGUAGUUUUCUUGCUGCUGCUUCGUUUUCUGUGGAUAACUUGGUCUGCAAGAAAGGUUGAUGAAGAAAGCCACAAGAACCUCCAGGUUGCUGAGAAGAAAACUGCAUGUGUCCUUUUUCCUUUAUAUGCAUUAGUGUUCUUAAUUGCUCUAUCACUAAAGUCAAAAAACAACUAUGAAGCAUCAUCAUUUCAGAGACAUUCAUCAUGGGAAGGCUUGAAACACUUUGGAGGUUUGGUUCUGGAUGGUUUUCUGUUGCCCCAGAUCAUGUUCAAUUUGUUCUCAAACAUGAAGGAGAAUGCUUUGUCUCGUUGGUUCUACUUUGGGACUAGCUUUGUGAGAAUGUUACCUCAUGCUUAUGAUCUUUACAGGGCUAAUAACUAUGACGAACAAGAUUAUGGGUCCUACUAUUAUGCUGAUCCAAGCGCAGAUUAUUACUCCACUGCUUGGGACAUUGUUAUUCCUUUGGGAAGUCUUCUGUUUGCUGUCAUCAUCUUGUUGCAGCAACGUUAUGGAGGUUCUUGUGUUCUGCCUCGUAGGCUUAGAAGGUCACAAGAAGGAUAUCAGAAAGUGCCUACGGCGACUAUACCAGAAGAAGAAGCAAAAGAAAAGGAAAAUGAAGUAGAGGCAAUCAGCGUUUGA